AUGAAGUUCAAAGCUUUCAUCUUCAUUGCCUUUGCUCUGGUUUGCUCUGUUCUUGCCCGGGAACUAGCUCAAAAUGACAUAAAAGAUGAUGAGCCGGUAAAGCAUACCACCACUUUUGGUGGUUUUGGUACCGGCGGGCUCCCGUGGUACCCUGCUUUUCCGAUGCCCAACCCUGGCGGUGGUGGCGAGGCGGAGGGCGGUGGAGCUGCCGGCGGCGCGAGUCGCAUGGGUACAGUCAUAAGGGUGGGGGCUAUUUCGCCUGCACGUGCUGCGGAACCUUUGCAGAGGGCAAAGCCUACAAAGAAGCUCAAGCCAAUGCGGAACACAAUAGUUAGUGUUCUGAUUGAUCGAAGUUCGUAUCGGAUUGCUUGUGGGUUCAAAUUGAACCGAAAAGCUAAUACUAUCCCAAAGUUUGCAAGGAAUCGCGGCGACGGCGACACUAACGUUCGUGGCGGCAGUGACACUAACGUAAUUUGCAGCCGCGGCGGUGGAGAAGAGGAUUUGGCGAGCCUUCGGCAUCUGCAUGAUCAAGAAGUGGAUGGAGAAGAAAUCUGGCAAGAAGAUCGCCGGGGAUCUGCCCUUGUUGAUGAAGAAGCCCCGGAGAUCGAGUCGGAUGCCGAUACGUGGCAAGAUGCUCAUAUGGAGGUUAGGUACACGGAUGUGGACUAUUUUGUGUUUUCUGAUGCUGCUGCCUUAAUGGCAAACGGAAAAUCACCUUACCAAAGAUCAACAUAUCGAUAUUCGCCGCUUAUUGCUUUUCUUCUCAUACCUAAUUCAUUUCUACAUCAUUCGUGGGGAAAAUUUCUUUUCUCAGCAUCAGAUCGUUUCUUGCAGGCUGCAUUCUGGUAUGGGCUUGUUGUCCACAUGAGAAUAUAUCCAAUAAUAUACGCAAUUCCUAUCAUCUUAGUUCUCGAUCCCCUUCAUUUUCGACCUGUCCAGCUUAUUUUGAUUUUCCGCUUCGCGCUCGACUUGCCUUUCUGUUUCUUUCUGCAGACACUAGCAUUCGUAGCAUUUAACAAGGUCAUAACAGCACAAUACUUUGUAUGGUUUUUCUGUCUAUUGCCUCUAAUACUGCCAUGGAGCAAUAUGAAGCUUAAAUGGAGAGGCCUGGCUUGCUUGUCUUUGUGGAUUGGAGCUCAAACCCAUUGGCUGAUGUGGGGUUACCUGCUCGAAUUCAGGGGCAAGAACGUCUUUUUGCAGCUAUGGCUGGCGAGUUUGUUAUUCUUGGCAGCUAAUACUUUUGUUAUUGUCAGUGUUAUCGGUAGCCAUCUAUACUGCCCUCUGUUCAACCCGGUUGCAAGAAGCAGAUCCAAUUGAAUCCACGAAAUCCGACUAGCUUAGUUUGUCUAAAAUGAUAUUCUGAAUCUGAAGUUUAGAGCUGCAAUUUUUGAAGGUUGAUUCUGGAAAUUAGAUGGGGUAUUUGAAGAUAUGUUUUGUUUGUGGUCUGCUUGUUUGUUAUCAUUGAUUAAAUUGAAUCCCUGGUAAACUACUCAAUACAUUUUCUAGUGCUAUAGCCUAUAUGUAUAAUUCAUAAUAACAUUCUUUUUACUUCAAACCAACCAAGUAUUCGUUAUAUAAGCU